GAAAAAAAUAUUAAAGAAAGAAAUUAUAACAAUGUCAAGUGCACAAGUAUCACAGCCACCAACGCUGCAACAAUUGCAGCAACAUCAACAACAACAGCAGCAACAACAACAACAGCAACAUCUUUCACAGUUCCUUAAUCACAUUGCGGCGGCCCAGCAACAUCAUCAACAACAACAGCAACAACAAUCUGAUCUCAUUAGCUCACCAUCCCACAGUGAUUAUCAACACGAUACCAAUAGCCGUUCAACGCUAUCACCACGAUCUCCCAGAUCAAUACAUCACAGUCCACAGCGUUCGGCCACAUCAACACCACCGCCACCAAAUUCCAAUUCAAAUUCUCCCAAGCCUUUAAGCCACCCAUCAAACACCACCACACAAGAAGAGGCUCAUCAACAAACCGCAGCUCCCCUGCCAUUAUUGGUGCAGCCCGUACCCAAUAUGCAUCCACUUGCCCAAUUACCGCCGCCACAAUCGACAACAACAACAUCACCGCUUAAUUUAAGAGAUCAACGCAUCUUCCCCAACACAUUACCGCCGCCAAGGAUCUAUGAAGGGGUACCUCCCCCCACACAUAUGGUGGUACAUCCUACUCCCCCGCCACCAUCGUCAUUACCCAACGGUGUCUAUCCAAUGCCACGAUUACCUUUAGGUGCCGUCAUGCUAAACGGUGCACCACAAUUGACACCGCCACCUCCAUCACCCACUACAUCGAUAUCACCGCCUGUCAUCCAACAAACUCAACCGAAGAAAUCCUUUUGCAUCGAUGCUCUUUUGGCGAAAAAUCAAAAUACUCAUGAUACGCAACAAUCGCCAAUGGAAACAUCGAUGAAACAGCACACGCAUAUGGAUGAUCGCCUAACCGCCGCUAGUUUACAAUAUGCCCGUGAAAUGUCGGCGGCAGCUGCUGCAGCAGCGGCGGCGGCGACGGGUGGUAUGUCCGAACAGGAGGCGUUACAGCGUAUACACGAGUCACGUGAUUAUGAUUCACCGUCACCCGACGGUAUGUCAAGAUCAGAAUCUCCCACAUCAUCGCAUCGUUCUAGUCCACCCAUUAGCCCCGGCUGUGAGGAUCAGCAGCAUUUGGGUAUGCACGGCAUGGAAUUGGGUGAUGAAUUUAAAAAACCAGUGCCUCCACAUAGUCCCAUCCGCCCACAAGAUUUCCCCUUGUAUGCCGGCGGCCACCCGUAUCAUUUGUUGGCACAUGGCGGUUCAGCGUUCCAUAGGCCAUUGGACCCGUCGGGAAAACCAAUACCGAUUCCAAUGGGUCAACAUUUCAUGCCAUCACAUUUACAAUUUGAAUUUUUGGCUCGUGCCGGUAUGCUGCAUCAUCGUAUACCCGAACUUGCGGCUUAUCCUCAUCAUGCCAUCUUGGGUAAGACACGCCGCCCCCGCACAGCGUUCACCUCACAACAGCUACUCGAAUUGGAGAAACAAUUUAAACAGAAUAAAUAUCUAUCCCGCCCGAAACGUUUUGAGGUUGCCAGCGGUUUAAUGCUGUCGGAGACUCAAGUGAAAAUUUGGUUUCAAAAUCGUCGUAUGAAAUGGAAACGUUCAAAGAAGGCGCAACAAGAAGCCAAGGAGAGGCUAAAACAGCAACAGCAGCAGCAACAACAACAGCAACAGAAUUCACCACCCAAUACAGUCAGUUAGUUUUUGGCCAAAGAGGCUGUGGGUUUUUACUAGUAUCACCCGCACUAUAAUCAGCUAAUGAGU